ACACAAAACCUUCUCUCUCCCUCUCAAAGUGCAAAUCCGUUACGAUAUUUGCCUAAACAGUCGCUCUUGAUAAUUCAUCUCCAUAUAUUAUUCCUUUUCUUAUCUUUUUCCAAAAUCUCUCUUCAUUUUUUUCCCUUCUUAUUCAUUCUUCUUCCAAAAUCAUGCACAACAACAAAUGACGACGACGAAGACAAGCCAUGCUCUCACUCAUUCACGCACAACGCCGCGUGGUAAAAGACGCGGCGUUGGCGAAACAGCAGGCAGCGCAGCAGCAGAAUGCGCUGCCGUAUGCUGUUGCUGUCCAUGCACGGUUGUCCACGUCGUCGUACUCGCAGUCUACUCCGUCCCGAUCGCGCUUUUCAGAAAAGCCGUACAUCGAAGACGACGUAGGUUAAUGAAAAACAACAACGUUAACGUGAAGAAAAACAACGUUAAUAACGACGUGGUUUUGUUGCAGUCGCAGAGAUCAAGCAGUUUUUGUGGGAAUGAUAUGAAGAUUGAUUCGUUGGAAGAGCAUUUCGUGAAGGAACGUGCGGCGGAGGAGAAAUCGGAGGAGGUUGCGUUGGAGAAGGAGAUGUGGGCACGGUUUGCGGGAACCGGGUUUUGGAGAAGUGAUUCUCAACGUCAACCGUGAGUUAGUUGAACCGGUGAACCAAACCGAACCGGUGAAACUGUUGUAUAUAAAAAGGAUCGGUUAUUUCGGCAGAAGAUGCGUUCGUUGAUUAAGGCAAAUGCAACGUGUUGAUGGUUGCGGAAAUAUCUAGAGUUUGUUUAUUUAGAUUAAUAAUAUAAUGUAUUUUUGUGUUUUUUAAAUAAUUAUUAGUUUUUGGAAAUGAAUGUAUAUAUUUUUUCUAUUAUUAUAUUAUUAUGUAAAAUUUUGGAAUGUAGUGCAACAUUCUCAUGAUGCUUGAUUGUCAAUUUUUGUGUUUGGAUCAUUGCAUAAUUUUGGUCGACAUGGAAGAACUGUUGAAUUGAU